ACAGGAGGAUUUAUAUUAUUGGAUAAAUCAUCUCCUGACACAGUGAAUAUCCUGAAGUUGUUGAAUAUUUGAUAUCGACAGUGAGAUUAUACGGGGAGUAAAAUUGCAACGCGCAUCAGCGACACAAUCCAUAGAGUCAUCUAAAUUAUUCGCAUAUCAAUAAGUCAAAAUUAAUUAAAAAGGAAUUUCCGGGGGAAGGUUCGGCUUUUAAUUAAGAUUGAUGAACAAUUCAAUCAGCUUCAUUAAAUAUUGAAUUAAUCAAUGAAGCAAUCAUGAGAUUUAUCAUUGUGAGUCUCAUCGGAAUUCCAGCGAGUGGAAAGAGCACAAUUUCAAUGAAAAUUCAUAAAUUAUCAAAAGAAAAUUUACUCAACACGAAUGUCAUUGUGCUUAAUUUUGACAAAUUAAUUCGAAUUGAUUUCGCAAACAUUACUGACGGUGAUUACAAAAAGUCUCGGGAUGUCUGCUUCAUCAAGAUUGAAAAUUUAAUUGGAAAAUUAAAGACUGAAAAUUUUUCCAAUUGGAUGAAGAUUAUUGCAUCGAAUGAGUUGAAAAUUCCACAAAAUUCAAUUAGCUUGAGUAGUGAAAACCUAGUGACAUUGCUGAUUAUUGAUGAUAACAUGUAUUAUCGCAGCAUGAGGCAGAGAGCGAGACAAAUUUGCAGAACAUGUGAUUGCAAACAUUUUCAGAUUUUCAUGAAAUCUUCAUUAGCUGAUGCCAUUGCGAGAAAUUCAAAAAGAUGUUCAAAUGUUAAAAGUUCUGUGAUUAAAAAAAUGUUCAGUGACCUCGAAGUGCCUGAAAAUCAUCGUACGAUUUUUUUGGAAAUUGAAAACUUUGACGAGGGAAAAUUCCUUGCUGAACUUAAAGAUCGAAUUGAUAAUCCUGAGGUUUUAACGGAAGAUCAUCAAAAGGAGCCUCAAGAGCAGUCAAUAAUUCAUGAAAUGGAUCUUAUUACACGUAAGGAAAUAGGAAGCAAAAUUCAGGAAGUUAAAGGCAAAAAGAAUAUGAAGGAAUAUUCUGAGAAAUUGAAUUUUAUGAGAAAAACAUUUAUGGAGGAUGUAAGGAGCGGAAAGAUAAAAUUUGAGAAUCUUGAAGGCUUGAAAGAUGGAUUUAGGAAAUUUAUUGAUACUGAUUGAUUAGAAUUAUUUAAUAAAUAAAUUUUU